AAAUGACUUUGCUUCAUGGGCAGGAGUGGAAGAAAGGGCUGCUGGAGAUGCACAGUAGCUAUAGGAUUGCAGAGGAAGAGGAUGAAUGACAUUUAUUACCAAUGAGUGUAGAGUUUCUAUGUGCUUUGACUAAACUCAUUUUAAACAAUAUUCAUAUGAAUAUGUUGUAUUAGUAUAAAAUCUUGAUGGUAUGAGCAGGUACUGUUGUUCAGCUCUUACUGCAUGGUACCUUGAACCAUUGAGAAAAAAAAUCUUUGCUCAUAAAGUCUCUCAUUUAAUUUUUACAAAAUGUAUAUGAAGCUGGUUCUCUCAUAUCCAUUUUUUUCUGACAAAAAUUUUAUACUUCUACUAAGUGAGGACAUUACAUUUUCUCACACUUGUCAUACUCUGGUUUGGUAGUAUGUUCACUGUUCUUGUUCCCCAAAGCAAUUUUUAGGAUUUUCCCCCUGGAAAAACAGACUAGCAAACAAGCAUGGACUAGUGCUUUUGCUGUUCAUGUCAUUCAUACAGAUCAUUCUCUACCACUCUUUGGUACUGGUGUCUCUCCUUGUUGCUCUUCUUCAUUAAAUGAUGACUAAGUUAAUGUCUUCCCUAUUUUUGGCCUCCCAUUACCCUGGUGUGAGACUUCAGGAAUCAUGCGAAUGACCUAUUGAACACUCUGUUUUCAUAUUCUUGAUUUCUUUCUUCCAAAUAUACCUACCUCAUUUGCCCAUUUUCACAACAUAUCCUUGAACCUCUCUGGAGAUCACUGUGUCUCUAACACAUCUCCUAGCAUCUGUGCUUUACCUCUUCCUAUAUGUAUUCCUAGCAUGAUACUGAGAUUCUGAUCGUGUCUCAAACUUGUGCUUGAAAUCUUCAGUAUCUCCACUUUCCACUGUUCUUUAACAUGACCUAAAAAUACUACUAUGGUUUCUGCUUAUGAACCAGGCUCAGUUCCUGAGUACUACAUCCCAAAUUUCAUGAUUCUUUCAAGUCUUUGACAAAACCAAGCUCCCUUCCUUCUCGCCUCAGAAAUUCUGUAUCCUGAGCAUACUCCCAUACUUCCCUUCACUUUUAACCCAUUCUUCUGGUCACUAACUUGAGUUAGGGGGGGCUUUUCUGCACUCCCUAGAAUUAGAAGUUCAUAUAGUAAGAGUAUUAUAUGAUUGUCAUACUGUAGUUUUAAUUUAUAACCCUUGUAACUGUUACUAGGUUUCUGUGAUCACAUAUAUAAUGUAUACUCUGUCAUGAGCCAUGAUGACAAGAGUUAUCAUAUUAUUUGUUUUGUUUCACAUAUAGUAGUGUAUAUGGAUCUGGUAGAUAUUUAAUACAUAUUGAAUGCCUUAAUGAAUAAAUGAGGCUUUGCACUAGCUAUGAAUUAAAUACAUGUUGGCUGGAUGAAUGGAAAGACUGCAACUGAAGCAUUAUUCCAAAGGAGAAUGUGGCCACUGAGGUGGACCAUAAGUGCUGUAUCAGAGGUGGACCAAGGGAAGGGUCUGCUUGAUAUUGGGGAGAUAUUAUAAAGGAGGUCUUAGCCAUCUCAUUAGGAACUCUGAGAAUCAGUAUUUUCCCCAUACUUGCCAUGAUAUUGGGGUUGAUAUUCAUGGGCCUGUCACAGUCUCUCAGAAGAGAGGCAGAAAGCUUAAGUCACCUGAGACAGGUGGUAUUAACUUAGGUUGGAUCCUCUAGAAACAGACAUUGAGGCAGAGAUUUGCAUGCAGGAAUCUUAUUGUGAAGUAUACUUUGGAGUGACAUCUAUCAGGGAGUGAGGGAAACAGGACAGAAAAUACAAAAAAGUUAAACUGAUCCUGUAACCCCAGCUGCCUGAGCUGAUUCCAUGGGGCUGCUCUUGGGCUGAGAUGGUCCUUCACUAUUGCUUCAAAAGAGAGAGGUUCGGGUCUUUGUAUUUGUACUUAGAGUGGUUAUUGGGUAAGAGCUACACUCAGAAAGGAAAAGUAAUCUUGAAUGAGUCAGCUCUUUGUCCAAGGGAGAGUGAUUCAAUUGUGAGCUUUUAGCAGCCAACACUCUCAGCAGAUGGGAGGAAUGAACAUGUUUAGCCUUUAAAGAAUUUAUUGCUCUGAGUGUGACCUGUGUGAAUGAGAAACCUGAGCUUAAAGUGAAAUGCGGGCUUUCCUAGCUCACUGAGAAUGAAGCUGCCUCUGGCAGACAUCAAGGUGGACAGGCUUAGGGGUGAUGACCAACACUGGACAGAUGGGCCACCUGAUCAGGUGCAUGUGCCACUCCCUGCUCUGCCUCUCUGCCCAACCAGCUAUCCCUGGGGUAGUUGACUUAGCUCUGUGUGUCCCCAGCCAAUCUGGAUGCUAAUUUUGGCUCUGUCCGGAGGUGUCUGUGUGUCCUCUGGGAUCUGACAAUUGGUAAUAACAUCUUGCCUGCCCAAUACCUUAUUCACAGUCACCGGCCCUACCUUGGGGAAGUAGCAAGAAUGGAUGUGUCUUUCAUGGUACGAUUACAGAACUAGGUAUAAAUUUGUGCACUAUUUAUAGAAUAAUCUAUAUACCAGAACUUUAUACAUAUCAUUUAAUUAAUAUUUAUAAUAAACAAGUGUGAUUUGUGUUAUUUGCUCUACAAUCAGAUGAGGAAAUCUAUACUCAGAUAGUUUAAGUAUCCUGCCAUGGUUUCAUUUGUAGAAUAUGAAAAGGGCAGAAUUUAACCUUAGUUGUCUGCCUACAAAGCUUGUGUUUAUCCCACUGUACUGUGAAGCCUCUGCCAGCCAGCUUAUAAUUAUCAAGUUUAAUAAGAAAUUGUUCUUUUCUUAAGACAAACCAUUAAGACACUGAAAAGAUUUCUGUAAUUAUGUAAAACAGAAAACUGUGGAUAAAGAUAAAAAGAUCACAAAAUAAAGUGCUUCUGACAUGACUAGUAUGUUCCUAAUACAGCUAAUGAGUCCUUCUAAAAGACAGUAGCCAAGAGCCUAUGAAUUUUGAAGGAUGAGAAAGUCCAAUUCAGAUAAAAGAGGAAGAAAGAAUACAUUAAAGUUACAUGUAAAAUAAAUUGGUGUGCUCGUAUAAUUCCAACAUUGGAAUCAUUCAAGCAAAACAUAUGUGUGGAAAAGUGCUAAGUAUAAGUCAAAUUAAUACAAAAGAUAGCCUUUGAAAACUUUGCUUGCCAGUCAGUUAUGAUAUUAGUCCAUGGAUUAAAUGGACAAAAGGAUUUUAAUCUCAGAAGUGAUAUGAUGACUUUUGAAUUUCAGAUAUAUUUUAUAAUCCUCUGCCUUAAGAAUGCAGUGUGGAAGAAAGGGUUAAUGAGAAGGCCAGAGGAUCUAAGGAAAUAAUCCAGGUGAUAAACGUUAGGAGUAUGCACUAGGCAGUGACCCUAGGGGUUGAGAAGAAUGAGUGGAUCAAAAGGGGUUGAAAUUCAGUCAACAGGAGUGGUGACAAAGUAAAAGGAGAUAUAAAAAUGAAUAAGAAUGAUUUCAGGUUUCUACAUUGGGUUAGAUAGGUAGAUAUAGUGAUUAUAUAGAGAGAAGAUAAAGGAGGUAGAGUGUAUUUAGGGAGAAUAAACAAUUUGAUUCAGUCUUGAAUAUGUUGAGUGUGUGCUAUAGACAUUGAUGUAUAGAUAAGUGGAAAAUGGAUUUGUAUUUCAGAAAGGUAUUUGAAUUAGAAACCUAGAUUUGGAAGAUAUUAGACUAUAUAAGUGGUUUAAAUAUUGUAAAUGGAUGAACUCAAUCAGAGAAAAUGUACAGAACUGAGAAGGGAGGAGAGGAUGAAGCCCUGGAAUCAAUAACAUAUAAUGGACAGAUAGAUGGAGAAGGUGUUGGGAUGGAGGACAUAGGAGGAACACAGUAGAGUGCUGUGUCGUGGAAACUGAGGGAAAAUACUUAAAAAAAAAAUAACAGAUUGAUUUAUUGUGUUCAGUAAUGGCAAGAGGUGAUAUAGAGGAUCCAUUCAAGUGGACAUUCCAAAUUAGAAGUCAUUGAAUGGUAGUUUAGACAUCUCUAAGCAGCAUGAUUACUCUUACCUGUAAAUGAAAGUAGACCUAUCUUAAUUCAGGCAUGUGGAUGUCUCACCUUAAAGACAUUAUCUCAAGAACAGGGGAUUCUCUGUAUCUCACUUUAUUCUUUUGUGUUUCACUUUCAGGUUCUGUCUUCUCAUGAAGGUGGUAGCCAGAGGUAGACACUGUGAUAACCCCCCAGCAAUGGAGAAAUCAUGAUUUUUGUUUCUUUUCUCUCUUCCUUCUCUAAGCCAUUGACGAUGGCCCUUAGUAAUUCCAGCUGGAGGCUACUGCAGCCUUCUUUUUUCCUGAUGGGCAUCCCCGGUUUAGAGGAAAGCCAGCACUGGAUAGCAAUGCCGCUGAGUGUCCUUUAUCUCUUUGCUGUAAUGGGCAAUGUCACCAUCAUCUUUAUCAUCUGGACUGACCCAUCCUUGCACCAGCCUAUGUACCUCUUCCUGGCCAUGCUGUCUGGCAUUGACCUGGUGCUGGCGUCCUCCACUGCACCCAAAACCCUUGCAGUACUCCUGGUUCAUGCCCAUGAGAUUGGGUACACUGUCUGCCUGACCCAAAUGUUCUUCAUCCAUGCGUUCUCUUCCAUGGAGUCAGGUGUGCUUGUGGCCAUGGCUCUGGAUCGCUAUGUAGCCAUUUGUCACCCUCUGCACCAUUCCACCAUCUUGCAUCCAGGGAUCAUAGGGCGCAUUGGAAUGGCAGUGCUGGUACGGGGGUUACUCCUCCUCCUCCCCUUCCCUAUCCUGUUGCGGAGACUUAUCUUCUGCCAGGCCACCGUCAUAGGCCAUGCCUAUUGUGAACAUAUGGCUGUGGUGAAACUUGCCUGCUCAGAAACCACAGUGAACCGAGCUUAUGGGUUGGCAGUGGCUCUGCUUGUGGUUGGGCUAGAUGUCGUGGCCAUUGGUAUUUCCUAUGCCUUCAUCCUCCAGACAGUGCUGAAAGUACCAGGGGGUGAGGCCCGACUUAAGGCCUUUAGCACAUGUGGGUCUCACAUUUGUGUCAUCCUGAUCUUCUAUGUUCCUGGAAUAUUCUCCUUCCUCACUCACCGCUUUGGCCACCAUGUACCCCAUCAUGUCCAUGUUCUUCUGGCCACACUCUACCUCCUCGUGCCACCUGCACUCAAUCCUCUUGUCUAUGGGGUGAAGACUCAGCAGAUCCGCCAGCGAGUACUCAGGGUAUUCUCCCUAAAAGGAUGGAUCUGAACACGUCCCAGUUAUUAUUUUCUGAGGCUCCUGUCAAAGGUACUGCCUGGAGUCCAUGGCUGGUCUAAGCUAUGUGGGUAGAGACCAUUGCACAGUGAGGGGUCCUUCCAGUCCUGCUAUCUCAUGGCAAAGAACACCCCUGGGCACUGGCUCCAUCACUUAUUGGAUUACUUGGAUAGCAGGAUUUGUGAUUAUUUUUCCCAUCCUUUUUUUUUACUCUUGAUACCAAUAUUUAUAUACUCCUUGUGGUGAGGGACUGGGAGAUAAAGUCAAUAGAUAAUAGCUCUGGAUAUGCCAUUUUUUCUGCCUUCACCCAAUGAUUGUGGAACAUUGUCUAGUAAGGGAAUGGGAAGUCCCAACCUUUGUCUGGUUUUAGAUUUAAAGUGUCUUGAACUUUCAAAAAGCUGGAGCUCUAGGGCACUGGUUUUCUUUGUAGUAAGAGAAUGUCUCUCAUAGCGUUUGAGAUGUCCACUAUGUGAGAAAACACCUGUAUUACAAUAUGUUUCUCAUUUACUUAAACAGACCUAAGGGGGACAAUACUGUAAUAGGCUCUAUAAAUAAUAUGUUAUGAUCCAUAUUUUUAUUUUUUAUUUUGCUUAAAAUUAAAAAAAAUGUUUAUUUUUGAGAGACAGACAGAGUGCUAGUGGGGGAAGGGCAGAGAGAGAGGGAGACAGAGAAUCUGAAGCAGGCUCCAGGCUGUCAGCACAGAGCUAGACACGGGGGCUGGAACUCACAAACCGCAAGAUCAUGACCCAUUCUGAAGUUGGUGCUUAACUGACUGAGCCACCCAGGUGCCCCUGAUCCUUAUUUUUAAAAUAUAAAGAUAUAUGUAUAUAGUGGAUUUCUUUUUUAAAAAGUUUUAUUUAUAUUUUUUAUUUAUUAUAUUUAAAUUCAUUUAUAUUUUUUACUUAGGAAAGAAGGGAAUAAGACCAAGUAUUGAAUAUAUGUAUGUUUAUGAAUAUUAAUUUAACAAAGCAAAAGUAAUCAUGUAAUUAUUAUUAUCUAAUAACUAUAACGUUCUAGAAGCUGGUGUUGGUAAAUUUUUAUUAUAAUUAUAGAUUAUUAUUAUUAUAUUUAUUGACAAAUAUAGAACUAGUUAUGCCACUUGAGAGUAGAAAUUUCUCUUUCUGAAAUGUGGAUAUGGAAUGAUGUUCAUUAGAUCCCACCCCACCUUUUGGUAACAGGAGCUAGGUUAAACUUACAACAGAAUUGUCAUAAUUGGUGUGUUGCAUCCUAUUUGUUGGACAUUGCCCUAAAAUAUUACUUAACUUUUGUGUUCCUAAAAAGUAGCACAUUUUGUUCGGUUCUGGAAGAAGCAAGUCACUGCUGCCUUGAGGUAGGAUACUGUGGGGUCAGUGGACUCCACAGUGGUCAAAAGGGGGGAAUGGAUGAGUUAGUGUUCCAGUUUCCCCUUUCUUGGUAAAUUUCACUCCUAAUAAAUAGUUUUCAGGUACAGAGACUGAGUAGGAAAUCUUCAGUUUGGGUGAAUUAGGGAGGAAUUGUAUGAGUUCUUAUUGUAGGAACAAUUACAUGUUCUCAUCACGUUGGUUGUAGGCGCAGGACUUGAACUCUGGUGAGUUGUCCUGAGGAAGCCCAGGCUGUGGUGUAUGUUGUAUCCCAUUCACUAGAAAACAACUAUGUUGGCUCUAGAGGUACUUUGUUUAGGAAGGUUAUUCAAAGUAGCUGUUUGUUCUCUCAUCCCAUUUACACUAUUUGUGGAUUUUUGGGAUGUGGGUAUGAUGGUGGGAUCUGAAGAGCUUCUUGGGUCACAAGAUGGAAACAUGUACUGAAGAUGGCAGAACAACACUGUAGAAGAGCCUGUGUUCGCAAUGCUCUCUGGGCCACCAACCCUGACUUAAACUUGAGACAGAAACUUGUUUAGUAGGUUAAGUCCCCUACUAUAAUUUGGAGAAUCUUUUUUUUUUUUUUAAUGUUUAUUUAUUUUUGAGAAAGAGAGACAGAGACAGAAUGUGAGUUGGGGAGGAGCAGAGAGAGAGGAGGCAUGGAAUCCAAAGCAGGCUCCAGGCUCUGAGCUGUCAGCGCAGAGCCUGACUUAGAGCUUGAACUCAAGAGCCAUGAGGUCAUGACCUGAGCUGAAGUUGGAUGCUUAACCAACUGACCACCCAGGUGCCCCCAAAUCCCAAAUAGGCUCUGGCUGUCAGCAGCCUCUCCCCCACUCAUGCUGUCUCCGUUUCAAAUAAAUAAACUAAAAAAAAGGACAUUUAAAAAUAUUACUACAUAUUUUAUAAAUUUUUUUUCUACUUUCACUCCUAUCUGUAAAGGAUUAGCUUUUCUGCUUGUUUAACAUCGUCCUUCCUUUUCACGAGACCAGUGUUCUUCAACUGUCUGUAGAUUCUUUUAUCUGUCUAUUCAUCGAUGAGACUUACUGGUUUAGAUAGGUGGUGACAGUUUCCUCAGAGGCUGUGAAGGUUACAGCUCCUGUUUUCUGGCUGUAAGACUCUGUAGGUCAUUGUGCUGCGGUGUGCUAACAGGUAGAAUUCCCCUCUGGUCGUUAAGAAGAAAAUGAAAGGUGUACCAAGUUCCCUCUUUUUCUGCUGAAAUAGAGAAGCUUUUAUACCUGGAACCAGAGAUGGUACAGUACACUAUGCUGAUAUGUGGAGCUACCUCUCCAUACAUCUUGUCCAUUUCUAGCGAGUACCCUACCUUGGAAUUGAUUUUGAUUGUAUCUGGCCUCACUGCAAUGACAGGGUUUGGGGGUCAGCAGCAUCUUCUUUUUAUAUAGGGAGAUUAUGUCCUAGCCACGUUGUGCGCAUAGAACACUACACUGAUACAGCUGUCCAGCCCAUACAAGAAUAAUGACCUCAUGAAUUCAUGAAGGAUAUCUUUCAAUUUCUGUCACCAUUUCCAUUGACUCUAAGCUUGGCAUAUUCUCUGAUCUUUUAAUGAACACAUUUCCCAUCUCUACAUCAAGAUUUAACUUGUCCAGUUUCUCCUUCCCUAAUUCAUAAUUCUCUACACAACUACCGACAUUGGUUUGCAGCCUCUUCAUUCUGGUUUUUCUGUGAAGCCAAUCCUAUGUGACUUAUGAAUACCAGAAAUUUCCCAAGUAUUUGAACUGAUAAUUGUACACUUUCCUAUAUCUAGUACUGGUAUUUAAUUAUCUUAUUUUCAUAUUUCUUUAGCCAUUAAAGAGAAACAUUGGCAGAUGUGGGAAGUAAAUCAUGUUUUCAGUCCAACAUCUUGAAUCAGAAUUAUUACAAUUUUAAUUUAAUCUUGUGAUAUUACUUGUGUUGCAUGCAUUUUAUGUGCUAGACUAGACGCCAGGAAGACAGGAGUCUCUUAUGUGUCAUUUACUUCUCAAUACCAAGUGCCUGACUUACUCCCCAACACAACAAACCUAUUAAUAAUUAUUUGUGGUACAGGAUGAAUGCACAAACUUGAUAUCCCUGGUGUGAAUGCUUUCUUUCUAUCUUUUUUUUUUUGGUGACUUUUAGUGUGCUUUUCUGUUUGGGAGGACAGAUCUCCCAUCCUAGAAUUAGAUGCUCCUCAUUUGAGGGAGA